UCAUUUUUCACUUGGUGUGGAAUAAAAAAGAACCAAGUGAUAUAUCUUUUUCUUAUUAAUCUUCUUCUUUAUAUAGAAACAACAUGAGUGAGGAGCAUAUGAGAGAGCCAUCGGAGGAAAAAAAAUACUAUAAAGAUUGUCCUGGUUGUAAGGUGGAACAAUCAAAAGAGCUCAAUCAAGGGCUAUCCAUUACUAAUCUUUUCAUCAUAUGGGCGGUAGUAUUAUGUUCAACACUGCCUGCAUCAUCACUCUUUCCAUUCCUUUAUUUCAUGAUUAGGGAUUUUAAAAUUGCAAAAGCUGAAGCUGAUAUUAGUUACUAUGCCGGUUAUGUAGGAUCAUCAUUCAUGGUUGGAAGAACAUUGACAUCUCUAUUAUGGGGAAUGAUUUCUGAUCGCUAUGGUCGAAAACCUGUUAUAAUUUUCAGUGUUUUUGCAGUUGUUGUAUUCAACACAUUAUUUGGCUUAAGUACAAGUUUUUGGAUGGCUGUUAUCACAAGAUUUCUUCUGGGAUGUUUAAAUGGCACAAUUGGACCAAUAAAGGCUUAUGCUACUGAAAUUUUUCGAGAAGAACACCAAGCUCUUGGACUCUCUACUGUUAGUGCAGCUUGGGGAACAGGUUUAAUCAUUGGACCAGCAUUGGGAGGCUAUUUGGCUCAACCAGCAGAGAAAUAUCCACAUAUAUUUCCAAAGGGUUCCUUCCUGGACAAGUUUCCUUAUUUCUUGCCGUGCUUUGUAAUAUCAGGAGUUUCAUUUGUAGUACUUAUUGCCUGCUUGUGGAUUCCGGAAACACUUCACAAUCACAAUGGUUGCAAUGUUGAUGAGUCUAUAGAUGAUGCUGUAGCUAUAGAAAAUGGAAUCAACGAGGUUGAUAAAGAAAAGACGGUACAAAAAAAUGAAAAUCUCUUCAUGAAUUGGCCAUUAAUGUCAUCUAUCAUUGUUUAUUGUGUCUUCUCACUUCAUGAGAUUGCAUAUCAAGAGGUUUUCUCUUUGUGGUGUGUUAGUCCUCAGAGUCUAGGAGGUUUGAACUUCUCAACUAAUGAUGUUGGAAAUGUUCUUACAAUUUCAGGUGUAGCACUUGUGAUCUACCAACUGAGCCUAUACCAAUAUAUGGAAAAAGCUUGUGGACCUGUUGGCCUUGCCCAAAUUGCAGGGAUAUUUUCAAUACCAAUUUUGCAAAGUUACCCGUUCAUAGCGAUGUUGUCCGGCAUAGCCUUAUACAUAGUCAUUAAUAUUGCUUCCAUUCUAAAGAAUAUUAUCUCAGUGAUAACUAUAACAAGUUUAUUUCUUAUACAAAACCGAGCAGUGGAACAACACCAAAGAGGAGCAGCUAAUGGAAUUUGCAUGACAGCUAUCUCUCUGUUCAAAGCUAUUGGCCCUGCUUCUGGUGGUACAAUAUUAACUUGGUCGCAAAAGCGUCUGGAUGCUACUUUUCUCCCAGGAACCCACAUGGUCUUUUUCUUCCUAAAUUUAGUUGAAGGAUUAGGUAUACUUAUGAUGUUCAAACCAUUCCUGGGAAAAAAGAAGAAAGCACAGUCAGAUCAGUUGCACAGGGUCAUUAUUGAGGACAAUAAUAGUAGCAAUUAAAUGUACAAAAUCAAGUGAAAAGCAUCACAUAACAAUGAAUGUGAUGAAAAAAGGAAAACAAUAUAUAGAGGGAUUCUACAUAAUCAAGUUAAUGCGUUUCUCUUAUUGCAAUCAUGAUUCUCAUGUUGAAAGUGACAAUUCACUAAUAAAAUCUACAUUUUCCUUCU